CCUGGGGUCGACCCGACCGCGCCGCCCCUUGUUCCCUCGCGGGAGCGUCGCCCCGCCGGCCGCCGGCCGCCGGCCGCCGCCCUCCUUUCUCGCAGCAGCGGCGCCCCACCGGCCGCCGGCCUCCUUCCUCGCGGCAGCGUCGUUCCUCCUUCCUCUCGGCAGGUGCGCUUCUCCAAGCGUCGCGCGGGGCUCUUCAAGAAGGCCUUCGAGCUCUCGCUGCUCUGCGACGCCGAUGUCGCGCUCCUCGUCUUCUCCCCCGCCGGCAAGCUCUACGAGUACGCCUCCGCAAGGCAUAGAUGGAGUGGGAAAUAUGAAGCUCAUUUGUGGGACAUUUCUUGCAGAGUAGAAGGACAUAGAAGAAAAGGGAAAUAAGGUUUCAUAUAUGGCAUGCUGUUUCCCGCAUUUGUUUCAGUCUAUUCUCAUUUAUCUAUCAGUGUGCGAUUAUCAUGAGUAGUGUGUUCUUUUGCAGUGGUAGAACAUGACUAGGAUUGUUUCCAGUUAAUAGAAGAGCACAAUUUUGUAUAGCACUCUCCAGGCCACAUUUCACUUAGCACAAACUACACUCAGUCAUAGAAUACUUAAAAAUGUUAUGUUUCUUUCAUUGUCGGGUCAACACUGAAGUUGUUUUUUGGGUAUCAUAUAACUCUAUCAUCUGUCCAAGAUCCCCACCUGCACAUUAAGAUUGUUCUGUGCCUUAUUCUGAUCCUUUCACUUACUAUUGUUGGCAUUGCACACUUGGAUGACCAUUAAUAUACAGCAAAAGUAGCUCGGUAGUCGGUAUACAUUUAGUUGUGGUGAUAGUUUGCUGUGCGCCUAGUUAAAUCUCACAUUUCACUGCCUUUCAAAUAUCUCUGGAUCUCUGUUUUCUAAGUUCUAGCUACAUAACUUCAAAAGUAGCUGCAUCCUUUAUCACAAUGUGGUUCUGAUACAGCUAGGAAUAUUUGUGGACAAAUGAUAAUUUUGUUGUAUUUGGUGAUCGGAAGAUUAACUGGAUGAAGCAUGAGCAUUUUCAAUUAUAAAUAUAUCUGGCAGAAUUUCAAUGGAGCAGGUUAGAAACACUCUGAAUAAUUGCAGUUCAGUGCAUUUAUACUCUGCAUUUUUUUUACCUCAAGCAUUUUUUUUACAUGAAACAGAUUCAUUUUGUAGGAUUCAUCCAGGAUACAAAAUAAUUGAUGCUGACGGUAAUAGUGACAGGCUGAGAUCAAUGAUGUUUAUCAAACAAAUAUUCAGAUCCAUGUGGUGCCUAACAUCCAUUUUGAUCAUUUACUGAAACAAUAUGUGUUGUGUUGAAAGCUUGAACUCGGUAAUGUAAUGAUGUAUUUGACUACUGAGACUUUGGGCUUCGUUUGUAUUUUGUAAUCCAUGUCUGAAUGCUAUAGCUUUGGAGGUAUUUUGAUUUGCAAGAAGGAUUUUUCUUGAGGCUUGCA